AUGUUGGAUCCUAUGUCUGGCGCUAACCAGGUAGAACUUGGUUCUACUGUUAACGAACUCCGUACCAAUGAGGCCAAACAAGGAUGGUUUGAACGUAUCGCCCAGGCUAGAUCUGUAAAAGGUUUCUUUAAUGCCAUAUUCGGCACUACUCCUGAAAUUGAAAAUUUGACACCUCAAUUAUGUGGAUCUGAUCACGUUGAUAUUAAUAUUGGUGAAGUUGUUCAGACCUCACAAACCGACCAGACGCCCCAAGGAACUAGAACCGGUCUAGGUUCUGCCCGUGGAGAUGGAAACCUUGUUCAUCAGAAAUGUAACGAACACGGAUUUAUUUUGGUUUUGGUUUCUCAUACUGUCGAAAGCCAAUAUUACCAAGGUGUUGAAAAAAUGUGGAUUCCCAAAAAGUCAUAUUUGGAUUAUCCAACAAUUGACUUCGCCAAUAUCGGCAAUGAAUCGAUACUCCAGAAAGAAAUUAAUUUCGGUACUCAGCCAUCUAGGCCGUUUAAUAUGUCUGAUCAGUUGAUUACGGGUGAACCCGUUUUCCGCGAGAACUUAGGAAAUGGGCGUGUGAAAUAUAAUGGCCAGGGUAACCCAAGGCAGCAAAAAGUUAAUUUGAUUGGUGGCCCCGCUCAUUAUCCUAGUGUUUUGAAUGUUGCUCAAAAAUCUGGCACCUCAUUGGAUAAUGUAUUUGGUUAUGUCCCCAGGUUCUCAACCUAUAAAUUUAAAUUGGAUCAGUGCCAUGGUGUAUUUAAAUAUGCCCUUAAGUAUUGGCAGAGUUUCAGAAAGUUUAACUCUCAGCCCAUACUUAGCCACGAAUUUGUUAAUUGGGAGUUCCUGGCUGAUUCUGAGGAAUUGAAUAAAAUGUUUGUAGUCCAGGCAGAUUAUUUGGAUUCUAAAUUUCUCCUGGAUAUUUUUAUUAACUCGUAUGUGUCCCGUGCAUUACCUUAUAUAAACGAUCCACCAGUACAGACCUCUCAACAACAUCAACAAACACAGUCUCAAGGAUCAACUGUCGAACCUGUCGCAAGUGCGGCCAAAGGUCUGGUUAGUUCUGGCCCUUGGGGCCUCGCUGUUGGUGCGCUAGACUUCGGCCGUGAUUUGUUUAAAGAUUGGCGUAAUAAACGUAAUCGCAUACACGCUCAGGAAGAUGCCAGAGAGAAUGCACAACUUCAAUAUAGAAACCAACUCGGACUUUCGAACAGUGCCAAUGAGUGGAACAGAGAGGCGAACCAGGUUCUUAGAUAUAGAGAGGCCGGUUUGUCCCCUGGUCUUAUGUAUGGCCAGAUGUCGCCCUCAACAAGUUCGUCCGGAUCCGCAUCUAUGCCAGACACGCCCCAGGCCGUAGCCAGUUCUAUCAAUGAAAAUCCCGCAUUGCUCCAGGCACUGCAGUAUUUACUUCAAAAACAACAAGUUGGCGCUGACGUAGAUUUGAUAUCGUCACAAAUACGCAAAAAUAACGCUGAAACUAAUGCAACUUCUACGGAUACCUUGUCUUUGCAUGAACGCAAUCUUCAGACAAUACAGGAAAGUAUUGCCCGUAUGGCUGAAAUGGCUAGUAAUGUUAACCUCAAUGAUGCCCAAAGAGACCGCAUUCAAAAAUUACUUGACCAGGAACUAGCCGCCCUUGAGGCAACAGUAAACAAGACCUCUGCAGAGGCUACUUAUAUUUCUGGAACUCAAACUGAUCUUGGACAAUCUCAAAUUAAAGUCAAUGAUUCUCAGGCUGAGUAUAUAACCGACUACCAAGCGCCCAAGACUGACGAGGAAAUUAGAAAGAUGUCUAUGGAGAACGAGAAGAUCGCCUCUUCUAUUAAUUAUAUUAAAGAUUUUCUACGAAACCACAACUUGGAUCCAAAUUUACUUGGUUCUGCUGUCGGGUUCCUGGAGUCUAUGGAUAACUGGGUACAGGUGUAUAAUAACUAUACCAGAAAUGAAACUAUUAAACAGGCUAUGGAUCGCAAGUCUGCAUCUGGAGAAACUGAAAAGAUCGAGGCUGAGAAUGCAGAGGCCAUAUAUGGCAAGAAGACUGAAGAGGCCGAAUAUGCCAAGAAUAUUAUUAUAAUCUUAAUGGUGAACGAAAGGACAAUUUCAAGAAGUUGUACCAGAAAUACCGUGCUGAUCUUCGAGAACACGGCCACGAUCCAUCUGUUAAAGAAGUAG